UCGAGACUCAUGCGUCAGCAGGGUAUCUUGCGGAUUCCGGUCAAUGUGAUGCUAAAAGGAUGUUUUACUGUCCAUGAUCACUGGCACAAUUUAUUUUCUUUUUGGGGGAAUUCUUGGUUUAAAAUCCUGGUGUUUUGUAGUGUGACUUUGUGGCUGUUUUGGACAGUACCCAGCAUCUAAAAUGACUUACGUUACCGUUAGCAAUUUACAGACGCAGUUGGCUUCUAUAAUGGAGCUCUUGACAAAGGCAGCUAUUUCAGAAAUAAUCAAAGUUUUUGACGACAGUUACACGGUAUUGCGCCUUGAGAUUUCCCAAAAUCAAAACGAAAAAGAAGCACUGAAAAGGAAAUUACAGGAAGUACAAGAGCAGCUUACAUGCGUGCGAAUGCGACUUGAAUCAGGCCUACCCCCUUCCAACUGCCCUCCCCCCACAAAUCAUCAUGGGUUAGAGGACUGGACAAGUUCAUUCAGAGGCGGAGAGGCGGUGACAGAGGGUAUCUGCCCUGAACAGCAGCUCACCAGUGAGCACCAGCAGUCUUUCAGAGAGAACCCAUGCCUCGUGCGCAUCAAAGAAGAGAGACCUGGAGAUGAUCUUUGGAACCAAGAAGCAGAGUCUGUGAGGUAUGACAUCACUGUUGCUGGGAACGCCGGAGUCAGCCAGCAGCUCUCUCAGGAGCCUGUGGAGUUUGGUGAUCUCAGGCUGAAGGUGGAGCAGGUGUCCCAGGUGGAGCAGGUGUCCCAGGGUGGUUCCACGGAGGAGGACCAGGCCCAGAGCUGUGCAGUGGACCAGCAGUGGAACCUCAUCACCGAAGAGGAAGGCAACGCGGACGACAGCUUCCCACCACUCCUCCCCAGGUUCGAGCUAGCCAUCGGCUACUUCCACUCCAACCCCAUCAGCCCCGAGCACCAUGCCCCUCCGGACACGUCCCACACCCCACCCCCGCUGCCUGGAACCAGCGCAGAGGCGGUCAGCGCUUUCCUGGGGACUAAUAUAUAUGUUGCGCCGCCUCAGGGGAGGCGCACGGGGAAGAAGCCCGUCAUCUGCCCGGUGUGCAACAAGCAGCUGCAGGCGCCUUCUGAACUCGUCAAGCACAUGCGGACGCACACGGGCGAGCGGCCGUACGCCUGCGGAAUCUGUGGCAUGCACUUCACGCUAAAGAGCAGCCUGAAGACGCACGAGAGGCUCCACAGCGGCCUGCGGCCGUACAGCUGCUCAGAGUGCGGCAAGGACUACACGCUCAUGCACCACCUGAAGAGACACAUGCACUCUCACUUCAGGGAGCAGAGCGCCAGGCCCCAGGCCCAGCAGCAGCAGCAGCAGCAUCAUCAGCAGCCACGGGACACGCACGGCCCUCAAAGAACUAAGGAGUUUUAAAAAUCAGUGUCAAAAACGGCACUAAAAUAGAUUCUUAUCAAAGGUAUUGAAAUGUUGUACUCAUUGAUGAUGGUGUGUUUUUCAGUGCCUUUUGUAGUGUUUGGUCUUUUGGUAAGUCAUAUUUGGAUAAAGAGUUAAAAGGAAUGAAAUGAAUAAACAUUCUGAAUGUAAAAGUUUUGUCGUAACGGUUGUUAGCAGCAGCUGUUCAUCAGUCAGCUGCUCGUUGUUAUUUAUUCCCUGCAUGUAUAGUCUUAAUCUGCUGAUAAUUGUGUCCUCAUGAAUGCCAUAGAAAUAUUACUGCACACACACACACACACACCCCUACA